GUGCCCAUAUAAUUUAUUAUAAAUAGUAGUUUUUAACAAAGUAAAAAUUAUUCAGUGCUGUCAUUCUCAAAUGACAAUGGCCAAAUUGAUUUGUUCCUUACUUUUUAUCAGCUUGGCUGUCCAGCUGUGUCAUGGAACAUACUAUUGGUCUAAACCAAAAGCUAAGAAGAUUGCAGUAUCUUCAAGUAUCAAUACGCUAAAUACUUCUACUAUUGUAAAGUCAUCGUCUAGAUCAAACUUUAAUGCUUUAGAUAAAUCGAAAAAACUUGAAUACUUGAACUCCAAACUUAACAACCUUGGUGAUUGUUCUGGUGAGAACAGUUCAGAAUUAAAUGAAGGAAGUCAAGAAGAACUUGAAUACAGAGAUAAACAAUCGAUGUUUUCAUCACAUAAACAUACCCAUAGUCGUACUAUGAGAAAAAUGUACAGUAGGAGCUUGAGUAAAAAGGUUCAAAGUUCCAAAACUAGUAAAAUUGUAAGAAAUGGUCUUAAAGUUGGUGUUAACAUACGUGCAAACAAAAAUGUAAUAUCAAAUCGCCUACUUAAUGAUAAAAUAUUAUCACAUCAAUUAUCCCUCAAAAAAAUUGUUACGCGUCAGUCAGCUAAUAAUGUAGGAGCCAAUCACAAAUCAGGAAAAGGAAUAAGAAGAACAUACCAACAAGUUAGCAGCUUUACAACUGCAGCUAACACAGUGGGAGUUGCUGGUCUCUUUUUGCAAUUACCUCAAGGAUAUGUUGCAAAUACUGUGUCAACAACAACAACAAGAUUAUUAACUGAAGAAGAAGCUUACCGUUUAGGUCUUAUCAAAACUCUAUCUGUUAACUCAAAUGUUGAUUUGUCAACACGCAAUGUUAGAUCAACCACAAUUAACAAAAACAAUCAGUAUUAUUUAAAUAAAAAUGCAGGUUAUUACGCACAAGCAAAUGGCAGUAUCGUAAGAAGCAAAACUCUUAACACAGUUCAUAAUCAAAAUUCUGUUGUGAACCAUCGAGGCUAUGGUCGUUCAAACUUAAUGAGAAACAAUGAUAUAACUGUAAAUGAAGAAGUAAAUUCUGGUAGCAUUAAUAACAACGUGGUAGUCAAUGAAAAUAAAUCUAAAUUGAAUAAAAAUGAAAAUGUUGAUGUAAGUGGAAAAAUUGAAACAGCUUCUCAAUCUGAUUCUCUUAAUUUUAAUAACAUAAACGAAAAAGGUAACGAAGUAAAUGUUGAGCAAACUAACGCGAAAAUAACUCGUAACGUUGAAAAAUCUUCAGAAGAAAGCAGUAGUAAAGAAAAUGUUGAGAAUAAAAUAAAAUCUAAUGAUAGCAAAACUGUAGAUCAUCAAGUAUCUAAUACUGAAGUAAAAACUGAACAAAACAUUAAACAUAACACCAAUAUGAAUGUUCAAAAACACGUGAAAUCUACUACUGAUUUACGAAGUGUAAAAAAAAAUUAUAGUAAUGAAGAAAACUCAAGUUCUAGUGAAUCUAAAGAAGAUAGCAGUGAAGAAGAUAGUAGUGAAGAAAGUGUAAGUUUGUAUGAAUAUUUGAAUACGCAUCAGAAAUUCAGAUUCGAUAAAGGUUUAAACACAGUUAAAUUAAUUAACGAAGUCCUUAAUAAGUUGGACUACCAACGAUUUUUACUUUAUGAUGAUAUUGCAUAUCCUCAAGAUGCCACACGUCGUGUACGUAGUGAAGAAUCAUUUGAUUUCAUUAUUGUUGGAGGUGGUCAAGCUGGUUGUGUUUUGGCUAAUAGAUUAUCAGAAAAUGCUGCUUGGAAAGUACUAUUGAUUGAAGCAGGUGGUGACGCAUAUCCUAUUACUCAAAUACCUGCUUUAUGGGACCGAUCAUACAAUACCGAUGCUGAUUGGCAAUAUAAACUAGAACCCAUUAUACAUACUGGGUUUGGCAUUAAUGGCAACAUGGUAAUACACAAAGGAAAAUGCUUGGGAGGAAGCAGUGUACUAACUCCACAUGUUUACGUUAGAGGAAGUGAAAAAUUAUACAAUGUUCUUGUAGAAAAGGGUCUCACAGGAUGGUCUUUUAACUCAACAUUGGAUUAUUUCAAAAAAAUAGAAAGUACCCGUUUUACAACAGCCGCUACAGUUUCUACCUCUACCACAGCUCAAACUGCUACUGUUAAAUCUACUACUGCUGCUGCAACUUCUGAAAGUUCUACUACUGCUGCUAGAACUACCACGAAAGCUACCACUGUCACUUCUACAGCCACUGUAAGAAAAGUCGAAUAUGGGCGAAGUGGUUUACUUCCUAUAAGCAGGAUUCACCAUACUGAAUUCAGCUUGUUGGAAAAAGUUAUAAGUUCAGGUUUUGAACACAUUGGGUGCAUUGCUCAAGGAGAUAUUAACGAUGAUACUGUUGAAAUAGGAUAUUCAUCUCUUAAAGGAAUGAUUAAGAAUGGUAGAUCAUACAAUGUAGCCAAAGCUUAUUUAACACCAGCUAUAGGACGAAAAAAUCUUAAAGUAAUGAAAUACACAAAAGCAACAAAAAUUAUCAUGAAUAAAACUAACACUAGAGCUAUUGGAGUACAAGUAGAAACUAGAUAUGGACAAAUUCUAUCUCUUUACGCUAAAAAUGAAGUAUUGGUAUCUGCUGGUACUAUUGGUUCAGCUAAAUUAUUAUUAAUCUCCGGUAUUGGUCCAGAAGAUCACUUGAAAGAAAUGAAAGUACCUGUAGUCAAAAACUUGAAAGUGGGAGAAAAUUUCCAUCAUUCUCCAGUAUUUACAGGAGUUGUGUACUCUUAUGAUAAAUCAGUCAUGUCUAACUUCACUGAUGAAGAUGUAGCUUUCAAAUAUUUAUCUAGGAACACUGGGCCAUUAGCAAUGCCAAAAGGUAUGCAAAUGGGAGGAUUUCUUAACACUAAAGGUGACAACUCUUAUGCUGACAUUGAAAUUCAUCAAUAUUACAUACCUAAAAAUUCAUUUUCUAAACUAUGUCGCAUAAGAUCCAUGUACGGAUUUAGUGACAGAAUAAUGACUGCUUACGCUAAAUUAAAUACCCAAAGAGAUAUUUCAAUUUUCACAUUGGCUUUAAUCAAUCCAAAAAGUAGUGGAAAAAUUCUUUUAAGAAGUAAUAACCCAUGUGAUAGUCCUAUUAUAAUCGGUAAUACAUUAACCAAUCCAGAUGAUUUCAAAAGUAUGAUGGAUGCAAUCAAAUCGCUAUUAAAAUUCGAGGAUGCUGAUGUUAUGAAAAUGGUUGGAGCUACAUUACGCAAAUUUGAUUUAGAAGGAUGCUCAUGUUACGACAUUGGCUCUGAUGAUUAUUGGAGUUGUUUAUUGAAAUAUUUGAUAUCUACGACUUCAAGUACAUCAGGAUCUUGCCAAAUGGGAUUAGAAACUGAUAGUGAUGCUGUCGUCGAUAGUGAAUUAAACGUAAUAGGUAUAAAAAAUUUGAGAGUGAUUGGUCAAUCAGUUCUACCAGUCAAUAUCAAUGCCUACAGUCAAGCUGGAUCUAUUUUAAUUGCAGAAAGAGCAUCUGACUUCAUUAAAACCAAAUAUACUAUUAAAACAUAAUAAUUUAAGCAUAGUAAAACAAUGUAAUAAAUUCAUAUUAGAAAAUAUUCAAUAAAAUAACGUCUGAAAUUA